AUGGAAGGACUGAAUUACGCGGUGACUGAUGUGGGCUAUGGAUCAGAUGGUGGUGAGGAUUACUGGAUCAUUAAGAACUCGUGGGGCGCCCAAUGGGGUGAUCCCCCGAUCAAAAUAGCCAGGAAUGUGGGUAAUGUGUGCGGUAUCGCCACUACACCCAGUUAUCCCAUUGCCGAGUCUGUACCACAAAUGAAGACAAAAGACUCUUUGGACCGAUUCGGUGAUGAUUUGCUGGAAGUGUUGCUCUCAUAUCUACCACUUGAAGACCGCUAUCGAUGUGAAUAUGUGUCCAAACAGUGGCAACGAUUGAUUUAUGAGACCCUUUAUAGUAUCACUAUUGAUGACAAACUCAUUGAGAAAAUGAUGGAAACAAACAUUUUUGGUCGAGAGUACUGUGAAAGCUAUAAAUUGAUACAAAUUAUGAGAAAGUGUGUCAAUAUUGAGACCAUUCACUGUCGAGGGUUUGCGGACAACAAGAAUGUGAUCCAUAUGUUUGAAGCGAUUCAGGGUUUGGCCGACAAUUGUCUGCUUCCGAAGCGAUUUCACUACAAAUUCACACAAACGGAUGCCUCUUAUGAUCACAUGAGACCACUGUUUGAGAUGUUGAGGACAGUUAUCACCGGAAUCUCAGGCAAUAUCUCUCAAUGCAAACCGUAUCUCAAGUAUUGUCCCAAAUUGUCUCAACUAAAGGCCGGAAAGCUGUCGGAUGUCUUCAGUGGCAAUGAGUCUGUGGUGAAGAAUCUCAACAAAUUUGAGUUCAAUUUUCGUGGAUUUGUUUAUAAUCAUGAAUUGUUCGCUGCAUUUGUGGCUAAAAACCAAAGUCUAAAGAGUCUUGUG